AGUAUAGACAGUGGAGGCCCAAGAUCGAGUUAUGCGCGUGCACUCGAGGCGACGUGCAAGAUCCCCGCAUCAACUCUCUAAUAACACGCUUUGUCCACAUUCACCCAUCAAUAGAUGUUCCGACGCUGACGCUGCCCUGAUUUCCCCUGCCCUCUCGACCUCGUUUCAGUCUACCUGCAUCUCCCAUCACUUACUUUCCCAACCCAUCCUCUUUCCAAUCUGCUCCAUCUCAUGAGCCGUUAUCACCCAGCGCAAGUAUCACCAUGUCACGUCCUCCAUCCAGUACCAUUGAAACGACAGACGAGGAGGACAAUGGAGGUACCACGGCUCAUCGACGACAAUCACGUUCCUCCAUAGCUGCUGGUCAGGGAGGGACUGGCGGUCGGACACCUAGAUCCACUACGGGCACGACGAACAUGGGACUGAGAUCGAUCGAUUCGGCCGGUUCUAGCCCUCGUAUGGCUCAGCGAUCCAGUACGCUGGAUUCUGGUCGUCGGGUAUCUGUGACUUCUUACGGUGCUGGAAGUAGCACAACCAUUGGACCUGGAAGGACAUUAUCAACGCCUAUAGAGGGGUACGGUGCAACGCAUCAAAACCCUCUUCUGGCUGGUUUUAGUCUAGGUAACCCAGAACCAAAUGAAGUUCUCUCGAUCACACCCUCGGGAGGGUCCAAUAGUCUGAAUCUAUCAAAAGCCAAGGACAGCGCCUUGGCAUCGCCUCGAAGGAUAUCAACCUCGACUCCGGUUGGUCCUUCCAACACUGCUCAUCAACACACGCUGGGAAGCGUCAAUAGGACUCGAAGUCCUGGUCAGAUGACAAUCCCAUCGCAUGAAGCAUACUAUUCUCAGCCUAGUUCUACUACCACUCCGAGAUUCAAGGACGCAGCAGGUCAUCACGGAUACUAUAAUGAGAAUCACGAGACUUACGAUAGACGACAACACCAUCUUCAUGGGAAGCGCAGGGGAAGGAACGAUCACGGUCAUUGGAAGGAUCACGCAUCGACAGGCAAUCGAGCUAUCAACACGUCGUUUUUGUCUGCCAGUACGAGUGCCGCUUCAGGCUUACAUCGUCGAACAUUGUCUGUUCAGACCACUGAUCUGGCUCCGAGCACACCUCACAGUCAUCGCAUGCAGGGAUCGCCUGCCAAUUCAGUUUUCAGAACAUUGAGGAAGACCGCCAGUGCAGUUGGAUUGUCAGUUGGUAGGCCUGAAGAGUACGAUGCGGGCGACGUCAUGGGUCACGAUCCGGGCGAGGCAGGGGACGUCAUUGAUGAUGGUGGACUCAGUGCGAAUGGAACGAGAGUGUGGUAUAGCUCCUUCGUCACUAUCGAUUGGAUCCACGAUGCUGUCAAAGAAUCGUCCCGCGUGCGGCGUCUUCGAACCAAUGCCCACAAAUCAUGGCGAGGAGCUAUUGUCAAUGGCUGGGAUCGUUUCCAAGGAUGGCUGGUGGUCACUAUCAUAGGGAUCCUCUCCGCCGUUAUCGCCUUUUGGAUCAUCCGGACUGAAAUGGCUCUGUUUGACCUCAAAGAAGGCUACUGCGCUUCGUCCUGGGGCUCACCUAGGCGAUUCUGCUGUACGCCUCAUCACCGUCGUCUGCCCGGUAGCGAAGAGGAAAAGUGCGAAGAUUGGGUCGAGUGGGGUCAAUUCUUUGAACCCAAGAAUAAAGGUGAUGCAGAAUCUACCUGGAUCUGGGGAGGACCAGAGUUCCUAGCCUAUGCUACCGUGGCGUUACUACUCGCCACACUCGCAUCUACUAUGACUAUCUAUCUCUCCUCAUCAGCCCAUACGACCUCGAAGGAUUCCACCUUCCUGCUCCCUUCGCCUCCCGAUCCAACCCUCAAGAGUCAAACCAUGAAACAAUCCAGUAGCGGUUCGAACGCUGCGCAAGACGGGACGGAACGACAACCGCUCUUGUCGUCUACUAGUACUCUUGACACUUCGGAACAUAUUGAACCGUCUGAACCCCCUCGAAAGGUCAUGUACUAUGCUGCGGGGAGUGGUAUACCGGAGAUCAAGACGAUCCUAUCAGGGUUCGUCAUUCAUGGUUAUUUGGGCGGAUGGACAUUGCUCACGAAGAGUGUCGGACUGGCCUUGUCAGUCGCUUCAGGACUAUCUUUGGGCAAGGAGGGCCCACUUGUGCAUAUCAGCUCAUGUGUCGGAAACAUUGUCUCAAGACUAUUCAUCAAGUUUGAGUGCAACGAAGCCAAGCGGCGUGAAAUACUAUCAGCAGCGUGUGCUGCUGGAGUAGCUGUCGCAUUCGGUGCCCCUAUUGGCGGCGUCUUAUUCUCUCUCGAAGAAGUCUCGUACUACUUCCCACCGAAAGUCAUGUGGAGGAGCUUUUGGUGUGCUGCGGUAGCAGCCAUCACACUCAAAUCGCUGAAUCCAUUCGGAAACGGAUCGCUUGUAUUGUUCGCAGUGACAUACACGAAGCAGUACCAUUACUGGGAGUAUAUCAUUUUCGUCCUCCUCGGAGUCUUUGGCGGCGUGUACGGUGCCUUCUUCUCACGUCUCAAUAUCCUGUGGAGCAAGCAUAUCCGCCAAGGGACUUGGGUCCGAUAUCAUCCCAUCAUCGAAGUGGCUUUGGUCACUGCGCUCACCACUGUCGUCUCAUUCUUGAACCCGUACUGUCGAAUGGGCGGGACAGAGCUAGUUGCGAGUCUGUUCGCGGAAUGCCAUCCUGGCUCUUCUAGCCCGUUAUGCGUAGAUCACCCGCACGAAAUAGCGAGUGUGAUCUGGACCUUGGGCUCCGCAUUGAUCAUCAAGGGAUGCUUGACCAUCAUCACCUUUGGUAUCAAACUGCCAGCUGGAAUCUUUAUCCCCUCGCUAGCAGUCGGCGCCUGCUUUGGCCGUAUCGUUGGACUGGCGAUGGAGUACGUCGAGUUCUCUUACCCUUCUUGGGGCAUAUUCGAGAUCUGCAAGGACGAGGCGUGCAUUGUGCCCGGGCUCUAUGCGAUGAUCGGCGCUGCCGCCACGCUUGCAGGUGUCACGCGGACGACAGUCUCGCUGGCCGUCAUCGUACUGGAACUGACAAACACGCUGAAUUAUGUUGUCCCUGUCAUGUUGGGUGUACUGGUUGCCAAGACCGUGGCGGAUGGAUUGGAGAAGAAGGGAAUCUAUGAUCUGGUUAUCGACUUGAAUCAGCUGCCGUAUCUCGAUUCCAAAGGCGAGUACCUCUGGGGCAAGCGCCAAGUGCUCGAUGUAGCCGAUACGGAUGUCCCAUACCUUCGAGCCGAUAAACUUCACACUGUCAGAUCAUUGACUGGGAAAUUGCUCGAACUCGUCCGACUGGGGAUGGAAGAUACUGGAUUUCCGGUGCUUGUCAAGGAACACGUCGAGAAUGACGGUCGGGCGUUCACAGCGCUUCGAAUUGUCGGAUUCCUCGGGAUGAAUGAAUUGGAGCAUGCACUGGCGCUUUUGGCCGACGAACCCGAUGCCAACCUCAACCUCAUGCCUGAAGAUUCAAAUCGUGGUCCUCGAAGCAGCGUCAUGUCCAUCUUCAGCUUUGCCGAAUCAUACACUGAUCCGAGGCAUAAUCCAUACGAUAUUUCACGCUACAUUGAUCGGGCCCCGAUCACCGUCCAGAUCCAUUCUCCUCUCGAACUGGUGCAACAGUUGUUCGUCAAACUCGGUGCCAGGCAAUUGCUCGUCACCGAUUCAAGAGGAGUGUUCCGGGGUUUGGUGUCGAAGAAAAUGUGGUUGGCAUUGUUGUCAGAGUUGGAGGAAGGUGGAGCAGAGUGAGGCGGAGUGAAAGAAACGUGAGAGAAGAGCAGAGUACAUGAUUUGCGAGAACACGAGGUGGCUGUGUAUGUAGCCAGCACGAUUGCAUACGAGUCGGCAUGUCAGAUCUAAAUGCGGGAAACACAUCGCCAGUACGAGAUUCUAUGCCUGAUAUGUGAAUACUUUUUCAACGUCCGG